AAUUAUUAAAUGCCCAAGUUCCCUGCAAGGCAGCAUUUAAUCAUGAGGCACUCCAAAAAAAUAGGAGAUAGAAGAGGAGGGACAGGAAGGGAGGCGGGAGGGUGGGAAGGCAGUUUCACUCUGUCAACAUUAAACCAAGGGGAUUUGGGGCACAGAUGUCAUCCUAUGGUCCUUCCUGACGAGCUGCAAGACGCUGACCAUGGCCAAGAUGGAACUCCCGAAGGGCUCCUCUGGCCAACGGACAUUCCUAUCUGCCCUCCUCAACAUGCUAUCACUCAGCCUCUCCACAACAUCCCUGCUCAGCAACAGCUGGUUUGUGGGCACACAGAAGGUGCCCAAGCCCGUGUGCGGAAAAGGUCUGGCAACCGAGUGCUUGGACGUGCCGGUGCCCUUGGAUGGGAGCAGCACCAACACAUCAUCCCAGGAGGUGGUGCAAUACAGCUGGGAGGCUGGGGAUGACAGCUUCUCCUUCCAUUCCUUCUGGAGUGGCAUGUGGCUAUCCUGUGAGGAAACUGUGGAAGAACCAGGGGAGAGGUGCCGAACUUUCAAUGAACUCACACCACCAACCCAGAGAGGUGAGAAAGGACUACUGGAGUUUGCCACGUUGCAAGGCCCACGUCACCCCACUCUCCGAUUUGGAGGGAAGCGGUUGAUGGAGAAGGCUUUCCUCCCCCACCUUCCCUUGGGGCUUGUGGCAAAGAUCCUAUGGUUAUCCCUGGGAGCCCACUUCUCGUCCGUCGGACUUGAAUUCGUCAGCUUCCUCCUGCUACUAAUGGACCUGCUGUUCACCGGGAACCCGGGCUGUGGGCUCAAGCUGAGCGCCUUCGCUGCCGUUUCCUCCAUCCUGGCGGGCCUCCUGGGGAUGGUGGCCCAUAUGAUGUAUUCACAAGUCUUCCAGGCAACUGCCAACUUGGGUCCAGAAGACUGGAGGCCACAUGCUUGGAAUUAUGGCUGGGCCUUCUACACGGCCUGGCUUUCCUUCACCUGCUGCAUGGCAUCGGCGGUCACCACCUUCAACACAUACACCCAGCUGGUGCUGCAGUUCAAGUGCAAGCACAGUAGGAGCUUCAAAGGAAAGCUGAGUUGCCCGCCGCACCAUCACCAGUGCUUCCUUGAGCAGCUGUCCUGUGCAGCCCCCACGGGGGGUCCUCUGACCAGCUACCACCAGCGCCACCCUCGGCCCGUCCACUCAGUCUCUGAAGGAGUUGACUUCUACUCGGGGCUACACCACAAGGGAUUUCAGCAAGAACCCAGCCAGAGGCUAAAGGAAGAGGUGGCUGGGUCAUCCGUAGAGGAAGAACUGUGUUAGUAGUCAGAUUUAGAGGGCAGGCGGAACCCAACCUUCCAUGUUCAUUUGCUAUCAACAGGUACUGAAGCC